AUGGGGAUACCAGAUGUGCUGUUACUUCAAAAAGACAUUGAAGAUCUUAUUUUACUUGUAGAUACGCUCCUCAAGAAAUCGCUUACGCAGUCCAGCAAAAAUAGUGACGUUGCUACAGAUUCAAUCUGUGCUCGAUUUCGGAAGCUUAAGGAGCGGUAUCACUUUUUAGAGUCCAAUUGCAAGGCUCUAAUCCCUGGCGAGAUCGAUGAACCGAGUCUGCGAAGCAAUGAAGUAAGCGCUCUUUUGUCUUAUCACACCAUCGAUGCGGUAAUAGCCGAGGAAGAACCUAGCGAUGCGCGGAAGCCCACUCUUUCCUGUGAACCCUCUCUUAAUAGCCCUUCUUCCGCUUCCAUUGGGUUGCACACUACCCAUUCAGUAGAUCUCCUUAGACCAGUUUCGAUUUUUCCGAAUCCUGUUUCUGAUAACGAAACCAACACCGCGGCUUUCAGAGAGGCUUUCUUGUCAGCUAAGGGGGAGGGGAGGGAGCAGUCUCUGGGGUCAUCCCUUCAAUCUUUGGUCGUCCAGCCGCCUUCUACCACAGCACCGAUGACGUCUUUAAGUGCCUCUGGCGUCCCUAUGGAGGACAGUGCACAUCCCGACCGGUGCGUCUAUUCUUUCUCACACGAAGUUGGUGUAAAGCCAUCGGCCUUUGAUUGGGAAGGCUCGAGCGAAGUUAUCCUUUCAGACCUUUCGGACGAUAGUGUAAUGUGGCCAGCGAGUCUUUCCCCUCUGCCUGCCUUGCCAGCUUCGGUUUUAGGACUCAUGAACGCUGAUAAGGCUCUCAGGAACAGAACUCUGAAUGACGGGCUGGAGGAAGGGGCUCCGAGAGACAUGGAUACUUGGAAAAACGCUCCACCUCAGGUGCUGUUGCGGCGCUUUGUAACCUUAAAAGCGGGUUCGGCAUGGCGGCGAUUCCAAUCGCUUCCGAUACCCGAGUUGGCAAGCUUUGCCGAUGCGCUACAUCCACCUCCAGAUUACUUUAGGAGUCAUCAAUACGCAGAUCCCGCUGAUCCUUAUGGAGCUCGAGUACAUUCAAUGCCUGUAUAUGAUGAGAUACGUACUUCAUCUGACGACGAUACUUCUAUGAGGGCUUUGCAGAAGCAUUGCGCUUACUGUUUGACUCCCCUCUACGCCCAAUCGAAGUUCUGGUGUCUGGUUAAAUUUGCUUUCCGUGGAGCAGCGCGGUUUUGCCAUUACACAAAUCGCUACUAUUGUCGGGCGUGCCAUAAGGGGGAGGUUUUACCUAUUCCGUCGCGGCUGUUGUGGAAUUGGGAUGCGACCCCAUUCGCCGUAUCGAAUGCUGUAAAGAAUCUCUGGACGCGGUAUCAGGAUAAACCACUCUUUGCUGUGGGAGCGUUGAACCCAAGCUUAUAUGAUAAAGUUCCAGCACUUCAUGCCGCUUACGCUCUGCGGGUGCAGAUCAACACUCUGUGGGGGGUCUGCAUCCAAUGUGCACACUUCCGUCGCCUUUUUUAUGGCGAUGUCAAUGCGGAUACAUGGGAUAGUGAGGCAGGUGUUGCCUGCUAUGUACCCUUGGCACAGCGGUAUUACCUGGAAGGCACUGAGCUUUGGUCUUUUGCGGACUUACUGGAGCUGCAUCGUUGGUGUCCUAGACCGCUUUCUUUAUCAAAUUUGCCAUGUUUUGGAGAGCAAUCUUCAUUGUCCUUGCCACGCGACAGAAUAGAGGUAGGGCUUAAAUAUUUUUCAAACGUCUCUGAUGAAGCCCAACACGAAAAGCUUGCCUCAGCAUUAAGCCACACUAAGAAUGCCGAUCGUCUAAGACAGGCUCAAACUGACUGCCACGGCAAUCUUCGUGACUCUCGAAACGACAGUUCGCGGCUUGACGAUAAUCCUGAAGGGUUUACUACCAACUCACUAGCUUCAGCGGGUCUGCUUUAUUCAUCCUGUAGUGUACUCCAGAUACUGCAUCGUAUACGUCAAGCCAUGAAGUGGCACCUAUUUCAGCAGCGUUGUGGCGUCCGUGGCUUCAGUCGUGGUUGCACGGCCUGUCAGCGGCACGCGGCGGAUGUGUGUCGUCUGUGCUGCCCUACUGACAUCGCUGAGGACUUUCUACGCACCCAAGUAUGUGGGAUAGAGGAGGGGUUAGAAAUUCAAAAUCAAGGACAACAAUAUCAAGGCCAUGAAUAUGAACAGUGUGAAAUGGACACUUUUGCCUACGGUAAGGAGCGUCGUGGAUGUGGUAUUCCCAACCACGAUUGCGAUAGGAGCUUUUUGAGUAGACUUCCUAAGUCUGUGCUACCUUUUUUUGUUUUGUCGAUCGACGUCCUUCAUGUACAUAUCUGUCCGCAAUGUGGCGCAGCCUACCAUAAGAGCUGCUGGCAAGACUCUGUAUCUAGCGGCAACUCAGAGCCUUGUAUGGUGUGUAGGAUUUUGCCGAUUUCUGAGGCGCAUCAAUCCAGUAAAGCGAAUACUGAGAGUAGAAGCUGA